UGGAACUUGGUACUACUUGAUGCAGUUUGGUGUAACUUGGCGCAAUUUGGUGCAGUUUGGUGCACUUUGGUACAGAUUGGUGCAACUUGGUGUCCUCUGGUGCAGAUUGGUGGAACUUGGUGCAGUUUGGUGCAACUUAGUGGAGUUUGGUGCAGAUUGGUGUGGUUUCAUGCAAUUUGGUGCAGUUUGGUGAAACUUCGUGCAGAUUGGCGCAACUUGGUGCUUUUUGGUGCAGUUUCGUGGAAGUUGGUGCAGAUUGGUUCAACUUGGUGGAGUUUGGAGCAACUUUGGAGUUGGAGUUUGGUGCAAAUUGGUGCCUUAUGCGCAGAUUGGUGCAGUUUGGUGGAACUUGGUGGAGUUUGGUGCAACGUGGUGCCCUAUGGGCAGAUUAGAGCAACUUGGUGGA